CGCUGGGCGUGGGGCCUCUGUGGUGGUCCUGAUGUGCCCCAUGCCGCAUUGUCUGUAUCCACAGUCAACACAGAGAGCCGCGGCGUGGGGAUCAAGCAGAGUCAGCUCUCUGUGAGCUCCCGCAUUGUGCAAGAGGAUGACUUGUUGAAAGCCGUCAAAGACAACGAAUCGCUGCGCCUGACGUUCUCCCUCCACCUGACGGAGAGCACCUCCGUCGAAUGGGAGACCGUCGUAUGGCGAGGCUGCCUCUAUAUCAGGGUACCGAGCUGCCUCCUGCCGGAGGGAUCCAAGGAGGGAUUCGUCUCUCUCCUGGAGUACGCCGAGGAGGUGCUGCACUGCACCAACAUCGUCGUGUGCCUCCGCAAGGAGCGCACCGAUAGAGCCAUGCUGGUGCGCACCUUCAUGUUCUUGGGCUUCUCGGUCCUUCCACCGACCCAUGCCCUGGUCCCGCCCGGCAGCGACGCCGGCAACCUCUACAUGCUCUACGCCAUCGAGUAGUCCACCUACGAUUCGUUUCUCUUAAGUUUGACGCAGCGACGCGCACCUUGUACACCCGGUCGAACUCUAGGAGCUCUACCCUCUCGGGAAACGAGGAAGUCGGAGCUUCGAUCGGGUCUCGAUCGGUUUUAGAAUCACUUUAUUUCGCUGUGCGUGCCAUUGUGCUGCGGUCCCCCUCGUGUCCCUCGGGAACCGCUAAACAGCGAUCUUUUCUUUAUACUUCAAACCCUUACCUCAAAAUUCUACUCCUGGGUUUCUUCCGCCCGUUCGAUCAAUGGGGGAUGUUAUUCUAAUUGCGGGUUUAUUUGUUAGUCGCUGCGUAAAGCUGGAGGGAACGUUUAAACGGUUUCCGGAUCGCGAACGGAAACGAUAGUCAGGUUCGUAGAACUCCGUACGUAACGAAGGCUUUCAACAAAUCAAAUGGGACAUCCUCUUGAAUAUGUCAUUCUGAGACUAACAAGAUCGAGUUUGAAGACGCGCUCGCUAUGAUUCUCGCGUUAUCGUGGAAGGUAAAGGAAUUUAUUAUCGACAAAGCUCGGUGUUAAUUGUGGCAGGUUGGGUAUUACCGUGGUCGUAAGUCGUGUUAAUCGCAUGGUGAUAUGUGUAGGUACUCUUUACUUAAUGUUAGUUAUUAACGACAGUUGGCACGAUCGUUUACACCUUUGAGGAGUCGGUACUUGGUAUUUCUCCGAGACUUUGUACAAUUAUUCGCAGCCCCAGCCGCUUUCUGCUGUGUCUAUUUUUUUUUUUUUUCCUUUGUCUUAUGUGCACGGAUUUGUCACGUUAGAUUAACGAUAUAUCCUGAUUAUCAUUCCGAAGUGUGGAUUUCGAUUAAGCCUUUUCGAGCCUUUACACGAGUCGCGUUGUAAAAUAGAAAAAAAAAAACCUCGCAAAACGGCGACCAUUUAAUAUCACGUUAUGAAAAUUCAUGGCCGAUUCGUAAAUUUUUUUUUUUUGCUUCAAAUCGCGGUAUGAUACACCUUCACGUGGACUGCGGUGAUAAGUGAAUUAAUUUCCUACGAAAUUAACAUUUUUCUUAGCAUUGUACGAAGAUCUCGUUAAAUGCGGUAUUAUUUCCAUUUUUAUUUUAUUUUUUUUUUAAUGAAAAUGCAAGCUUGACGUCAUAACGUCCGAAACGGUAGAAAUUGUAACUCGUGGCACAGUAUUCCCGGGAUUAACAUCUUUUUGUACAAUUUCCAUUUAACCCUAGGUACUUUAUCGGGGUCCGUCGAUACUGUCGUUGUUAUUACUUAUCCUUGUUAAUAUUACCAUAAUUUUUUCCUUAUUACUUUACGAAUAUACGUAUAAUUAUAAAUAACAUUGUCGUCAGGGUGUAGCCUAAGUAUGGAUUUUAGUUGUCCCUUUGGUUAUAUUUCUAGAGUUAGGUGUUAAGAUUAUUAAUGGUAAUUCCCAAUCGAUUAACAUUGAAGAGUUCUUGCUAAUAAAUGCGUUCUUUAGGGUUGACUUGGUAACAGACGCCAUGGGGAUAUGUAAUGAAAAAGUCACGAAAAAAACGUAAAACUAAACAAUGGAAAAUACAAAAAAAAAAUGAUGAGAUGCAGUAGUCCGUUAGGUGUAUAAGUAGUAGUAAGCGAAGUGGACCCAUCGCACUUUCAGUUUAUGCGAUCGAUGUUCUAUUUUGUCCUGACAUUUAUUCAUCGUGUAUGAUAUAAAUGAAAGAAAGCAGGUGGUAUUCGGUACACAUUGGCCGAACUCUUAAAUCGAGUGAACGGCGAAUUUUUCUUUAUGUCUCGGUCCGUGGUUUUUAGUAUUAUACGAAAUACACAUACACACACACUUACAUGGAAGAUCCUACUGUAUGCUACAUUUAUUAUUCGUACAUGAAGGCGUAAUUGCUAAAUAAUAAAGAAAAAAAAAAAAA